GCUGCUGCUGGGACUGCCGAGCAGACAGAGGAGCCACAAAACAACGUCGACAUCAGCGGGGUUUCCACCAUAAUGUAGACCAAACAGAGCCGUGCGAGCCACAUCGACCCCACAACACGACUACACGUGGAGGGUGCAGUGGUGAAGAGGAGAGCCGUAUUUGUGCGCGGUGAUCAUGAAGGAGCUGAAGGGCUGCGGUAUGCGCUCCUCAGUGGGCUUUCUGUCCCGCAGAGAGCUGACUGGACAGCCGCUCAUGAAGGAGGAAUUCCAGAGACGCAGGCUGGCCGGCUGCACCAGCCUCUACAAGAAGGAUAUGCUCGGACACUUCGGCUGUGUCAACGCCAUUGAAUUCUCCAACAACGGAGGGGAAUGGCUGGUGUCUGGAGGAGAUGACCGCCGCGUGCUGCUGUGGCACAUGGAACAAGCCAUCCACGCUCGGUCCAAACCUGUGAAACUGAAGGGCGAGCACCUGUCCAACAUCUUCUGCCUGGCCUUCGACAGCACCAACAAAAAGGUCUUCUCUGGUGGUAAGAGCAAGAAAAACGACUUCUGA